AUGUCGCUGGAUCCACCUACCUACCUCAGCUCGCUUCAGAAUAACAUCCGAGCUCGGCCAAUUCCGUGGGAGGGCGCUGUCCGAGCGGGCAACAUCACCGAUGAGCACUUGAAGAAGAUCAAGGCGGUGGACAAGGUGCGCAAGGAACAGCGAUGCCAAACAAUAGAAGCCGAUAUUGCUGGAUACGCCGAUCUAUUGGCCGGUGGCGCACAGGGAAAGAGUGUCUUGGACUCGGCCUCCCGAAGGACCGAUAUUGUGCAGUACAUUCUGGUGCUGGCCUCGGACUUGAUCCAAGAUGUACCCUCUCUGGCAGAUUCCCUCAUCUCUCACCCAGAACCGUACAAGCCAUUUCUACCCUUCCUGCAACACUCGACAAAUGCCGAAGACCCUAUCCCUUUGCUCACUUCCACUUUUCUCUCGGCCCUAGUGUCGCGCAGUCUUGUUGCGACACCUAAGCCAGCACCACGCGACAAUGAGGCUCUCCCACACCUAUACACUUACCUCUCCACCUUGAUCAAGAAUCAGGACAAUGGACUCCAGGACAUUGGCGUCCAGGGAUUCUCGGAGCUUCUGAGGACAUCCAGAGCGCGAGAGAUCUUCUGGGAACAACGGAAAGAGACUCUAGAUCCCUUGAUUGAAAUCCUUCGAACUGCAGCGGGAUCUAAAGACGACAACACCAGCACCCUAGGAGGCAGCACUCGCGGUAUCGAGCCUGGUCUCGCUGGUGGCGUUGGUCUCCAGCUUUUGUACCGAGUACUUUUGGUACUAUGGCAGCUUUCAUUCGAGGGUGCUCUCGUUGGUGAUGAACUACAGGAGAGCUACGAAAUUUUCCAACUCUACACCCGCCUCUUGCGUUUCUCAACGAAGAUAAAGACUACCCGUUUGCUUCUUGCAACUCUGUACAACCUCUGUUCCAACAACCGGACAACUUUGCUACCCAUCGCUGUGUUCGUUCGACUCCCCGAACUCCUCGUCAACCUGAAAGGACGUCAGCUCACCGACUCCGAUCUGUGCGAGGAUCUUGAUGCCCUGUCUUCUAUGCUAGAGGAAUACACCAAGACACAAACCACCUUUGACGAGUAUGCCGCCGAAGUUCAGUCGGGCCAUCUGCGCUGGUCGCCUCCUCACAAGAACCCAACAUUCUGGAAGGAAAAUGCUCGACGGAUCGUUGAGGAGUCUAACGGCGCAUUGCCUAAGAAACUGGUUGAGAUCUUGUCCAAGAGCUGGGACAAUGAUAAGCAGGUGCUGGCUAUCGCUUGUAGCGACGUAGGGAACCUAGUGAAGGAGGUUCCGGAGCGCCGUUCGCAAUUGGAGCGAUUGGGCCUCAAGACACGAGUUAUGGAAUUGAUGGUUGACAAGGACGAAUCAGUUCGGUGGGAGAGUUUGCAUGCCGUUGGCGAGUGGCUCCGGUAUACUUUCGAAGGAUGA